AUGCAGUAUACGACCCUUGCCACUCUUUUCCUCGCCGCCACGGCCCUGGCCGCCCCUGCGGAUACUGCUGCAACUCCAAGCAUCGAGACUGCCGACAGCAAUUUCGACAUCGAGGAUGUGCCCAGCUCCAUUCUCGCUGUUCUAGCAACAGCCAUCCCGGACUCAUGGUACAGCGACAUCAUGGACCCGGCCUCGCUCUCCGCGAUGGCGAGCGCCGCUGAAGCUGGCACCUACCCAGCUUGGUACAACGCAUUGCCUAACAGCGUUAAGUCCUGGGCCACAGAAUUUGGUGGCGACCUCGAUGGUGAUGCCUCGGCAACUGCUGAUAGCAGCGCCACUCCGACUGAGCCUGCUGGUAGCAGCGCCAUCGAGACUGGUUCCAGCGCCGUGGUCGUUGGCGCUAGCACCACUGCCAGCCGGACCUCCUCCAACGCUGCUGAGACCACUCCAGCUUCCUCUACCUCGGCUUCUACCUCUGGCUCCGGUUCUGACUCCAGCUCCAGCUCUGCAUCAUCUUCUCCCUCUUCUACACACUCUACUGGUGGCGCUCCUGCUCCUACCGGGGGUGUUGCCAUGGGUGUUGCUGGUGCAGCUGGUAUUUUGGCUCUGGCUCUUGCCCUGUAG